GCAGCCCAGACGGCGACAAGAUGGCGGCGCUGCGAGCCAUUCGGGGGAUGGUGAACGGAGCCGUGUCCGAGCUGAGCGGCGGAGGGGCGUCGCGGGAGCAGGCGGCCGCCGUCACCCGCGACUACCUCUCCCAGCCCCGCCUCAGUGAGUAGCGGCGCCGGGAGGCAGGCGGGGCGGGGAAAGGGGACCCCCCCCCCCCGACUCACCUGCCCGCUUCCUCGGACUCCCUGCGGGGGAUUAUCCGGGGGGUGGGAGGAGAGAAAUAAUAUUAUUACUUAAGAAAUUCGGUCCUGCAGCUUUCAGAGAACAGAACAAUCGGAAUCGCGGUUGUUAUUGCUGCCUUGUUUUUCUGUGGAUUGCUCAACAGUGUCCCGUCCUCCCUCCCUCCCCGGCCAAAAAAACCCCCAACACACCCCAGUAAUACAAAUUUUAUUCCUCCUCCCAAAUCCUAGCAAGCAGGAAGAGCCGUCAUGUUGUGUAGAAGGUGGUCUUUGACGGGAGCUGCGUUUAUGUAGCCCCUCCUAUGGUUGACGCCGGCUAGUGGCUGCAGCAGUGAUGGGAAGGGAUGACUAACAGCAUUAUCAUUUAUAUUAAUACAGUAUGUUCCUUUUUACCGUUUUGCACCCUCAGUGGAGAGGACAAGGCGCUGCCCCGAGGGGUAACGAGUCUAAAAAUAAAUGCAUAUAAAUAAUCCUUCUCUUCUCCCUCCUGCACAGCCCUUCAGUGUUUUUUCUCUAGUGGUUGCUCCUUAUUUUUUCCUCUUUGGGGUCCAAGGUCCAAGGCCUGUGGGCCCACCUCUAAUGCAUUCUUGUUCUCAUUCUUCCCUUCUCUUCUUCUUUCCCUUCUUCCCCAUCCUAUCUGAAGCAUUUCCCAAUUUGUGAAUGUUCCGUUCUCUGUCCACAGUGUGCCACAUCUAUUCUUUCUAGGUUUGAACUUUUCGUGGGGGGCAAGCAGUGGGCACAGCUGCUUUGCUGUCAUCUUGUCUCUUAAGAGUGAUUUGUGUGACUUGUAAGUUGGGUGAUUUGCAGUCCUGCAGGCUGAGGUCCUAUGCCCACUUACCUAGAAAUAAGCCCCAAUGAGCACAGUGGGAUCUACUUCUAAGUAGACAUGCUUAGGAUUUAACUGCAUGCCAUUGUAACUGCAGCAUGUGCCAUAUUGGUUCUGCAUUGGGGCACGGUAGAGUAGUGGCAUCAAAUAAAUGCUUCCUGAGCUGGGAGACAAGAGGGAUUGGAUUGAAAUUCAUCUCCCACUGGGUUUUUUUAGGUGUGUGAAUAUAAGCCUCUGGACAACUGACAGCACAAUCCUAGCCAUGUCUACUCAGAAGUAAGUCCCAUUGAGUUAAAUGAGGCUUAAGUGUUCACUCAGGAUGUUAUCGUGGGUUGAGUUCAGUGGAGCUUACCCCAGUCAAUGUGUUCAGAACUGCAACCUGAAUUAGGUAACCUUUAUUUUUAAAAUAAAAAUAAAAAUGGCAGGUGCUCUCCCUUCCAGCCAGUUGGUGCAGGAAACUCUUUUUAUGAAAGGGCAAAAUUUCACAAUGCAGUCUCAUUGCUUGGCUAUUUCGUUGGCUGUGCUGAUUGGUGCCUCUUGGUAUACAAGAGAGACCACAUAAAGGACAGAUGCUGGACUCUGUUUAUACUGUAUUCUAUUCCCAUGAAGUUGCUAUCUCAUUUAAGAUAACAAAAAUCCCCAAGCAAGGCCAUUGUGGAUUGUCUUUAAAUGGGAAAUGAAAGUAGGUGGUUGUGAAACAUUCUGUAGGUUGACUAAUCUGCUCAGCCUAAAUCUCAAGGUCAUGUGGUACACUGCAGAAUCAUGUGUAGCAGCAGAUGGAGGCAAGAUGGCUUUUGCAUUAUGGGAUGUCUAGCUCUAACAUUACAGUGGAAAAUGCUUUGGGGAUAAGUGUUAUCUUUUUGCCAUGUGUGAAUAGCUCACGCAAAGCCUUUGUUAUGUUGAUUUAUUGACACCUGAGUUAGUAGGGAUAGAAGUGUUAAGUAGAUAUGCAUCCCAGGAAGGCACUGCUUCCAGAAAUAAGGACUAACUUAAGAGCUGCUGGUGUAGAAAUUGAAAUGUUAAAUAGCUAUGUUUUGUCACAUGACAACUUUAAAUUCUUGUGGCACUUUAAAUCAAAAUACUGUUAAUUAUGUGAGGUUACCGGUCCUAGUAUUGGGUCUGAGUACCCAAGGAGGAAGCAGAGAACAUGUACAUCUCACUGAUAAAUGUUUGUUUAAAUCAGUAGAUUGUAACAAAUCAAAGGUCAUCGGUCGUAGUAAAAAGCUAUCUUGGGCCGGAGGCCACAGCACAUGACUGUCCUAUGCAAUUGUCUUAAUAGUUAAAAGAUCCUUGGAAAACUGCAGCAACUAUAAGGCUGCUUUCCUAUAUAAUCUUUCUAUGUAAAUAUUAUUGAUUUAAGAUAUUUCUAAGCAGUGUUAUAUGUAUGAUAAUGAGCUGAAAAAACUCCUUUUGAUAACCCCAAUAAUGAAAGCUUUGAUUUAGUCUCUAAAUUACUGUCUUGGAAACUGCGCAAUUUGAAAAUGAUUAAAACAAACUUUCUCAAGAGGUAUCCUUGGCCAGUAAAGCAAGAUGAGCGUUGCAACCCCAGAGUCGUCCGUGACUGGACCUAACUAACGGUCAGGGGUCCCUUUUCCUUUCCCUUUACAAGAUUGAGUUAGGAUAUGAGAAACCCACAUUCAAAUCUCCUCUAAAGGCCACAGGAAGUGCAGGUCUGCCUGGAGGUGCUCACUUAAGAAGAGCCAUGCUGGAUCAGACCAAAGGCCUGUCUAGUUCUCACAGUGGCCAACCAGAUGACAAUGGGAACCUCACAAGCAGGACCUCAGUGCAACCACAUUCUCCCUUCUUACGGUUCCCAGUACUUCCUGAUAACCUCAUGUUUGUGGCCCUAAAAAUAAGGAUGUGUGUGACUUGCCCCUCAUCUUAGCUGUAAAGCUCUCUUGGGGGUUUGUCCAAACCACACUUCUCAGUCUCAGUCGUUGGAGGGAGGGUGAAAUACAUAUGACUCCUUUGUCAUAGUUAGAUAACUUCCUGGUGAAUUUUAAAACAGUAGUGACUUCCCUCUGUAUAGAGGUGGCAGACCUAGUAAAAUGGCUCACUUCAGAAGCUGAUGGAAUCUGAAGGAUGCUUGAGACCACUCAGAAAAGCUGGCACAUCUCUCAGUGCCCCAGUUGCUUUAGAUGACACAUAGAUGACUGACAUUACACACAAUUGCUCCUAAGCACCUUCUUGGUUUAGCCAAGAGUUUGGGGCCAUGAAGCCAGUAGGGAGACAGCUUGAAUGCAAGUAGGGGCAUCUGUAAAUGUAGCCAAAUACAGGGGAUUGUGAAGAAAUAACUCAUUUCUGCCAUCAUUGUUCUCUCAUUCUGCCAGUGAGGGAAGGGCAGUAGCUCAGUUGUAAAGCAUUUGAUCUGCAUGCAGAAAUUCCCAGGUUCAAGUCCUGGCAUCUCCAGGUAGGGCCAAGAGAGGCCCCAGUUUGAAACACUGGAGAACUGCAGCCUGUCAGUGUAGAUAAUACUGAGCUAGGUGGGUUGAAGAUCUGAUGCAGCUUAAGGCAGCUUUCUAUAACAGCAGAAGACCCAUAUCUCAGUGCUAUAGCAUCUGCCUUGUGUGCAACCUGGAACAUCUUGAUGUAGGGAUGGGAGAGAACCCUGUCUGAAAUCCUGGAGAGCUGCUACUAGUCAGUGUCAACAAUAAUGAACUGUAUGGCCUAAUGGUCUGACUCAGUAUAGCAAUUCCCUUUGUUUCUGUGCCAUUGGGAAGGCAUCUUUCUUGUUGCUUGGAGCCUCCUUCUGACCUACCAAAAGACAUAAAUACUAAUAUCCGAUAAUCAACAACAGCAACAAAACUAUCUGAUGCCUGCUGUGAUAGUUGCUACUUUAUUUGAGUUUAAAUUACUCAUUUUCAUCACAAUUUGUUAUCAUAUUUCAGUCUGUGGACAUAUCCAGAGCACCAUCUAGUCCUGUUUUAUUGGAUGGAUUUAACUUGUUACAGCAUGAGGAUAUGGCAGGGUGCUUGGAGAGCUGUAGCCUAAGUCCUGGGUGUUUGAUCCUUGGGUCCUUUUUGGCUCAAAGCAUUGAGCAGCAGAUUGACCAGCAUGGUCCAAGGAGUUAAUGAAUGUGAGUGUGCCCUUGACUAUGGCUUUCUUGGAUGUGUGUUUGUGAUUGCAGUGCACCUUCAGGCAGAGACUAAUUAUUUGAUUCAUUUCAGCCUUGUUUUGGUAUAAAAACUCUCUUAGUUGUCCUGAUGGACGACUUAUGCUGAGGGAAGGACAGAAGCAACAUAGGCUGAUCUGGUAUAGGGCAGCUUUUUAUCUGGCCACAGUGUCUACUAUUAUCUGCUUCGGCUGGCAAGGACAUUUGAGGGUCUUGAGGGCCUUUCCCAUUCUCUUUUCCCAAGACUUUCUUAACUGGGGUUACCAGGUGUUGGACCUUAAAUCUUCCUGUGCUCUGCUACUGAGUUCUGGCCCUUCCCCAAAAUAAAACAAGGUGGAUAAUCGUCCCAAUGGUAGGCAUGCAAAAAUCUUGGUUAUUCUCUCAAAAAAUCAGUAGUCUUUUAUAUUCAAAGCAGGACAUGUAAGUUCAUAUGCUGAUCUGGUUACUGUAAAUCAGGGGAUGUGUGACGGUUGCGAAACUCAUGGAAAGGGGAAAUCCAACCUUGCAGCAGCAGAGAUUUGCUGCAUGGACUCUGCAGACUUGUACAAGUUGCAGGAACGAACAGCCUCUGUUGUGCCAGUGGUACAUGUGGUCACUCUGGUAAUAUCUACAGUAGCAAAAAGGGACCAGCCUUCCCCUGUACACUUUUGAAUUGCUCCUGAUGGAAUAAUUUGUCUCCAUGAAGAUGCUAUAAACCAGUCUCUAGUUACUGAAAAACAAAAACGCUUUCAUUUCGCCUCCAGCUUUCCAUUCUAGCUUAUUGCCAUUAUUGCUAGUUGCCUUUUUCCUUGUUGGGGGUCUACCUUUUCCUUGCAAUACUGUAUUGUUAUUCUCUAGUGCAGAAAUAAGAUUGAGGAAGCUAUCUAGGGACAAGUAAGUGAAGCUUGUUGGAAGCCCACUUGAUUAUAUUGAGGUUUCAUUGCUCUCCGCAUCUACAUGAGGGCUGGUGUCUCUGUGUUGGGAGCCCCCCCAUUUGUGUCCUCCCAGCAGCUGUGUUGUUCAGUUGGAUGUUUUACACCUUGGUUCAGUGCCACCAGCUUCAUCACACAGGCAUCCUGAAGGCUUUAAAAAGUAUUCCGCCAGAGAGAAAAGGAAAUAGACAAGUAGGAGGAUGUCAGCUGUGGGGAGUGGGAUCUGAAGCAGGCACUGCGAAGUAAGGGGGCUGGGGGGUGUAGAAAGUACUUUGCCUCUCCUUAGAUGGUUUCCCAGUGCUAGGAAGACCUAGAAAAGUCACCAGGAUGUAGUCCUGCCUAUGGUGAUGAAGGCUCUUCAGCUGAUGUGGCAGAAGUCUCUUAAUCUGCUAAUAAUGCUUCUUUCUGCAAAUACAUGGGUGGGGGGUUUUGGUUGGGAGGGUGAGAUUGGGGGGCCCAUUGGUUAGGGCUGGGCCGCCUUAGGCAAUCUUUCUCUUUUUCUGUCUUAGAAUAUAGGCUUUGAGCCAGCUGUCCAAGCUGUUUGUGUGAUGGUAACUAACUUGCAGAUAGUGAUAAAACAAGGAAAUUGGAUUGUUUGGAGAAAUGACAGGAAGUAAGCUCUUUGCUCAGGGAAGGGGGUUGAGUGCUGAUGAGGCUGUCACGAGUUAAGAGUUCCCCAGACUAAUGGCUGUGUUAGCUGAGCAGAGAAGCAAGCAGUGUUUUAAUCCAACUUGAAGCAUUUAACUGGGGGCAGUAGGAGCUCAAAGCUGCAGUUCUUAUCUGCUUAGCUUUGUAUUUUUCUCUACAUAUAGCUGAGCAAAGAUAAAUAAAGGUGAACAACACAUUUUUAGGUGAUAGUUACAUUUUAGUCUGAGCUGAAAAGUAACCUGAAAAGCAUGCACAAAAUAAGGCAAAUUAAAACAAAUAGAUUACAAAAAAUGGUCCAGAUGUUCUCUCUUGAGACACUUCUGAAAUACACUCGGUUUGUAAGACUCCCAACAGAUUAUUUUUCAGUAUUGGGACAGGUACUUGGAAAAAUUUCUUAGUGUAUCUUUGACUAAAUGGAGCACAUGGGGAUGAUUCUCUUGUUUGAUCUUCUGUUGUUAUAAGGCAUAGGAGCUUAUCUCGAGUAUCUUCAAAGUAAUCUUUUUUUGAGUUACAGGAAAGUUUUUAUUGUAUAUCAAUAGACUUUGUUACCACUUACUAACAGUGUAAAUAUCUCAGUGUUGACAUAACAGCUACCAUAUACUGACAUACUUGCAAUGAACAAAACCGUACUGCUGUUUCACCACCACCCAGGUUAUGCCCUGCUAAUUCAUAUUGUAGCCAACACAAAGAAAAGAACAUUUCCUAAGGCAUAAUUUUAAUGGUAACUUUAAUCAGAAUCGAAGUAUUGAAACAUUGCUUCUAAAGUUUUAAAACUGAACAUAUAUAAAACAUGUUUGAAACCUUGAACACAAAACAUAGCAUAUUUUAUGUGUGUGUAAAAAUGUUCAACACUUUUAGAAGUGAAGUGAUGUUUUAAUAUUUCCAUUUCAGUGAAGAUUACCAUUAAAAUAAGCAGUGGAAGGGAGAGGGGUUUGGAUUCCUCAACACUUUCUCUUCCUGGAUGACACUUUGUGCAUCUGGUGGACUCUUGGCCACAACCAAUAAAUCCUGGUUUCUAAGGGGCUGCAAGAUAUUCCCUCGUGUUUGCUAUAAGCCAACUAGCACCAUAACACACCCGCCCUUCUGGGUACUGUUGGGAAAACUCAAAACUCAGACCUGGUCGAGAGUCUUGCCACUUGCAUAUGUACUCAUUGUGUCAAAUGCUUCAGUCUCAUUGAAUUCAAGGAAGCUUAUGCCUUAGUGGUUUGUAACCAUGAAGCAGAAUGCUGUGUAUAUUUCUGAAAGACUUAUUUCCAAGUCCUACUAUAUUUAAUGGAUCUAACUCCCAGGUACAUGGGAUUUCAGUUCUAGACGUAUUAGUUGAUUAUCCUGUUCUAGAAAUAAUCUGACUUGCUCAUCCCUUCCCUGUGUGAUUAAUGAUUACUCCGCUGCGUGUGAGCCUGAUAAAGCCUUCUGUCUCACUAAAACACUUCUAUUUGCAGAUCAUGUGAGACUGAAGCAUUUGACACACUUGGGGAGAAGUAUGCUGUUUGGAAGGGCAGUGAUGAAAAAUAAAUAUUGUUCACAGUCAGGUCCUUUCCACCACCCAUAUCUCAUAUCUGUACAGUCUUAAGCAUUAAAAAUAUACUGUACUUGGGGAGGUUAAUACUUUUAGCAAAACCCCUCAGAAAAAAAAUACAUUUAUGGAAAUUACAACAAAACUAAAAAUUACAGCGCAGUUACAACAGACUAAAAACAGCAGUGAUAAAAUGCAGUUAAAAAGGCAGCAUCUAAAAUGGCUAUCAGAAGAGAUGGGUAUUAGCAGCAUACCAAGAAGUAAGCAGCAGUGUGUCCAGGUGAACGUCCUUAGCCAAAAUAUCAGUGUUCCAAAAUAUUAAUGCUAUGACAUAGAAGGUCGUGUGUGUGUGUGUGUGUGAGAGAGAGAGAGAGAGAGAGAGAGAGAGAUUGCACAUCUUAGUUAACAGAACACACACACACAGUGUGCAUUUUAGUAACAGAGUACUGUGAGAUUUUCGGGAUGAGGCUUCCCCACUUCAGAUUAGGCUUGAGAGAUCCUACAUCACUUCUGUUAAGCCCCCAGACAUCCAAGGCGCUCUGAUUUGGCUUGGGUUUGUACAAUGCCUUUGUACACCCAUAGCGCACACAACCUCCAAGUGAAUAAUAAAAUUAAAGGUUGAGAAGGCACUCCAAUCUUAACUCCUGACAGCCGCAAAAAUAUAUUUCCUUGCAAUAUGUCUCUUGCUUUAAACCCCCCCCCCCUUUCUAAAUUAGGGAGCUGAGGUGAGGAAAACGUUGGGUGAUGGAAUCAGGACUGGGUUUUAGUGUGGCAGGACUGUAAAUAAAGUUCUGAUACUUGAAAACAAAUAGGCCAUGCAUGUAUGCACCUUGUUCCUUAAUUCUAUAUUUACCACCCUCCUCCACCGCCCCUGUUUUGCACCCAGCUCCAAUUGGUGUUCAUUCUUCUAGUAAAAAACAAAAUGGAUCUCAAAAACUCCAAGUCUUUUAGGCACAUAUAAACCGGGGUGGGCAGAAACAGAGUGCAGAACUUAGAAUUCGCUUUGGUUGCCAUAACAUCUGCUUCUGCAACUCCUUGGUAUCUGCCCCUCUGUUCUUAUGUCUCUAGCCUUAUUACAGAGCUGCUCUGUCCCCAACUCCAGCUUCUGCUAGCAAAAGUCCACCCAUCUCACUGGUAGAGUGUAAGCUUGGCAUGCAGGAUCUCUGUUUAGUCCCUCACACAUCUAAUUAAAGGGUUUAGGCUAGCAGGGGUGGGAAAUAUCCCUUGGAGAACUUCUCCAACUUGCAUCAUCAGUAAGAUGGUGCUGGCGUAUGCGGACAAAUGGCCUGAAGCUGUUUCAUGUACAGUGGUACCUUGGGAUGCGAACGGGAUCCGUUCCGGAGCCCUGUUCGCAUCCCGAAGCGAACAUAACCCAUGUCUGUGCGUGCGUGGGUCACGUUUCAGUGCUUCUGCGCAUGACGAAACCCAGAAGUAACGUGCUCCGUUACUUCCGGGUCGCCGCGGAGCACAACCCGAAUUUGGCUAACCUGAAGCGUAUUCAUCCCAAGGUAUGACUGUACUCCCAUGUACGACUGCGUUAGCUAGGCUUUAAACCCUCUUCUCCCAAUGGCUUGGAAAGACAUGGAAGAGAGUGCAGCAUCCACCUGUUUGGUUGGGGGAAAUGGCGCUAGAGUUGACUAAACAACAAGUGGACUAAAAAAAGUGGACAGGAAGCUCUCUUUUGCCAGAAGUAUGGGGCCAGGUCAAGGAUAGAGUGAGUUUGCUUGGGAAUCUUGCUUCUGUUGCUGCCUGCCCCCUCUUUCAAUUUCAACUAAUAUUCGUUGAAAUGCAACUUCGUUACACAUUUUCCUAAUUAAGAGUAGAAUGUGUUGAGUUGAACACAACAAGCAGGUUAUUGCCAGUGUUCGGAACCAUAAUAGUUAACUAACUGGAGUGGCAGGAGUUCCUGAAAAUGUGUGUUGGUUGAUCCAGCACUCUGCAGAGCUGCUUAACCCUGCAGUAAGACUCUUACACAGCUCCAUGCUGUCAGUCAGUUUUCUUUUCAAGCACUUGAGAUGGUGCAGAUACCUCAAGGCAGCGUAGAUAGGAUUGUGUUUCCUAGCCAUUGGCUGAAGGAAAUUUAAGCUUGUAGAGUUCCAACUAAUGGAUGACUCCGAGGGCACUUGGCAUUGCUGUCUUAACAUUCUGUGUGCCAGAGAUCCUGCCCCCAAGAUUAUUAUGGAUCUCGGCUCUUGUGUCAGUAUGAGAUGUCUUCUUUGGCAUCACAGCACAGUGUAAAACAAACAAGGCCUGCUGUAAGCUUCUCUGCAAGCAUUGUGCUGUUCACUUAAAAGGCCUUUUCCCCAAAGGAAGAUAUUUGUGCAAGUUCCAGCAGAAUAGCAUAACAUUCAUAGCUUUGUACCUUAAAUUGUCCUGAUGCCCACUUGCUUAGCUGAAGGUUUGGUGCCUUCCUACACUGUGGGCUACUGCAGUGUGUUUCAGGAUCUUACCCACUGUAUAGCUCUCCCCAAACUGAACACUAAACAGGGUGUGUAAUGAAAAGGAUAAUUAAUAAGGUCUCAUUAUAACCAGAGCUGGAUAAAUUGUGUGUGUCUGGAAAUGUGAUUCAGGCAUCUGGGACUUGAAAUUAUUCUCUAGUCUUGCCAACAACCCCAUCUCCUGAAUUUAAAAAGAAUUAGUUAACAGCUUCAGCAGUUGGCUAGCUAGUAAUGGAUACAGUACAGUGGUACCUUGGUUUAAGAACAGCUUAGUUUAUGAACAACUUGGAUUAAGAACGCUGCAAACCUGGAAGUAGGUGUUUUGGUUUGUGAACUUUGCCUUGGAAGCAGAACAUGUUCCGCUUCCUGUUGAGUGUGUUCCAUUUGUAAAUUGAGUCCCCCACUGCUAUGGGAAAGCACGCCUUGGUUUAAGAAUGCUUUGGUUUAAGAACGGACUUCUGGAAUGAAUUAAGUUUGUAAACCAAGGUACCACUGUAAUGGGUGAAUGGUGUAGCAGCACACGGAAGUGGUAAAAUGAGGGGGCCCUUUGGCCUUCUUAGCCAUGUUGCAACACUUAGUACUCCUGGACAAGUGACAUUCCUUUAAACACAACACAUUCCCCAGGUGGUUGCAAUUUGUCUCCCAAAGGCAGCCUCUCAAGCAUAGCGUAAAGGAUCACACUAGCAUGUUGAGCAGAGAAUGUCUUGAUAGUCUUGCUGCCUUUAUCAUUGCAAAACCAUGCACAAUGACUUCUGUCAGAAUGUGUCGAAUCAGAAAUUUACUAAGUUGUCUUAAAAAAUACCUUUCUCUGGUUGUUUUCAGCAUAUAAGACAGUAUCUGGAGUCAAUGGACCACUAGUAAUCUUGGAUCAAGUGAAGGUAACAUUAUCUUUUUGUGAGUGUUUCCGUAAAAAGGCCUUGUUGUGACUGGCAUUCUGCAGAUUCUCCUGGCAACCUAAAAUGGGAAUGAUCCUUCCUUCAAGGUUUGCAUAAGGGCAGUUGAGUCUUCCCGCUGCAGAGAGUAUUUUCGUAAUAAAGUAUCGAGGCAACAAAGGUUUCUCUCAAUGAUGCUCGUUGAAUUUCCCAUUUUGAUAAUACCAUUGCAGUGAGUGGUUGUGGCUUAAGCAAACUCAAAAUGUAAUGUGGAUUUUUAAAAAUUACUUUGGAAUCAAAAUAUUGCAACAUUCUUGCAUCCAAGCAAAACCCUUGAAAUUAUCAACAAUAAUUUUGGGUUGUGUCCUGUUUCAUUGCAUGAUAGGAAUUAAUGGCUAAAAUCCAUGUUUAAAAGUCUUUGUUAAAGUAAAAUUUGCCCCACUUGGCUCUUCCCAGCCAGUUAUCCAACUGGUGCAGAGACCCUGUGGGAGCACAGCAGGAGCUAUCAGCGCUGCUAUGUCAGCUUCUACACCUGUCCUCCUAUUCAGUCUACAUGUGCUGUGGAAGAUCACAGAUAGGACUUGCCAUAGAGGAAGGUUUCCUCUGAAACGUGUACACACAUGUACACCUUGAGCAGCAGUAUAUGGAUCUUCUGUUCUCACUGGAGUUGUGGAGGCAUAUAAAAACCUAUACCCUUUUCAGGGCAAAAUUAAGUAAGUGUGCCUUGUGUGUCAUGGAAGAGAAAGGAGGUUAGGCAGUACUGCUUGUUAGGCUUCGAAUAAUGCUGUUACAACUGGGGUUGCGCAAACAAGCCACCUCUAUGACUGACAAAGCAGUAGCAAAAGCCUGACCGUGUUCCGGUCUGAAUACAGUGGUGCCUCGCAAGACGAAAUUAAUCCGUUCCGCGAGUCUCUUCGUCUUGCGGUUUUUUCAUCUUGCGAAGCACGGCUAUUAGCGGCUUAGCGGCUUAGCGGCUAUUAACGGCUUAGCGGCUUUAAGAAAAGGAAACAAACUCGCAAGAACUCGCAAGACGUUUCGUCUUGCGAAGCAAGCCCAUAGGGAAAUUCGUCUUGCGGAACGACUCAAAAAACGGAAAACUCUUUCGUCUAGCGAGUUUUUCGUCUUGCGAGGCAUUCGUCUUGCGGGGCACCACUGUAAAUGUGUCUGAUUAAGUUGUGAAAAGCAACAUUAACAUGCGCCUGUCUCCAGUUUCUGAAUUUAGCCAGGAGGCUGGCAUCCGUGCUUUCUCACUGUUGAUGAUUUGAGUCUUUAAUGUAGAUCAGUUCUUUUCCUGAUGGAAGCCUUCUGACCCACCUAACUUGUCACUUAGUUCCCUAGGUAUGCAGAGAUUGUGCACUUGACAUUACCGGAUGGAACAAAGAGAAGCGGGCAGGUGCUGGAAGUCAGUGGAUCCAAAGCAGUAGUUCAGGUAAAUGGUGGGGUGACCUGCUUGAUGGAAUUGAUGUUAUUUCCUGUGUAUCUGUUCUUGGAGAGAAUGGCUGAUCUUGGAAGGGUUGCCCUGUGUCUGCAAGUUGCACAUAAUAUUUUAUUUGGAAGCCAGUGGCCAGAAGGCUUUUUAAUUCCCAGGUAAGUUACUGCAAAAAAUCCCAUUUGUUUUAUGUGUUGCUUUAGUAUUCAUGCUUUUAAAAUGCUUUUCAAACUCUAGCGCCAGAUGACCAUACUUUUGCUUUUGCACUUUCUUUGUAUUAAAAAUAAAUAAAUGGCUGUUUGUCACCUCUUUUUAAGACUUUAAGAAUUAAUAGAACUUGGUUGCUUAAGGAACAAAGAAGCAAGUUAUGAGACAACCGAUUGUAACAUCAUUUGUUUAAUGAUACAGUGUGUUGUCUGUGCAUUGUUUCAUCAAAAGGUCUAUUUUACCUACCUACUCAUUCACUUGCAGAACUUGUCUAUGCAAAUUGAAGCAGUGAGAUUAAGCCCAAAAUAUGAAAUACUAAAAUAUUUGCCUCUCUUUUUUAGGUUUUUGAAGGAACUUCAGGUAUUGAUGCUAAGAGAACCUCAUGUGAAUUUACUGGGGAUAUCCUUCGAACCCCAGUAUCUGAAGAUAUGCUUGGUAAGUACAAGAUCCUUUUUCUUGGAUUGAUCACUAGUCCUUGGCCAGCUUCCAAAUACAAUGAUAGCUAUACUGUUAAUAUAGUUGGUCUCCUGGUAACGGACAAAUGUUCUCUUGUUCUUUACUCUGCAGGGCGAGUGUUUAACGGAUCAGGAAAGCCCAUAGACAGAGGCCCUAUGGUCUUGGCUGAAGAUUACCUUGAUAUCAUGGGUAUGUUUACCAUAACAUUGCUAACAUAAGGUUUGUCCUUUAAUUUCUCAGAGAGAUGUACUUUCAGCUUAGUGUUUGAAAGGUGCUAGUCAGCAUAAAUACAAAACAGUUUAGUGAUUACCCAUUGUACAGAUAGGAGUUUAAGUAACUGCUUGCUUCUCAGAUGAUGGUUUUGUUUGCAGAAAACCAGAAUGAGUUUCCCAAAGCUCUCCUUGUUUAGGAUCAGCAUUGGCAGUAGAGGGCUCCAGACACAGACUCAUUCAUAGCACAUAAAUAGUAUGUUGCCCUCAGGUCAUGCUCAACCCUUAAUAUUACACACCAUGUUAGAUUAAAUGUCAGAAAUAGCAAAGUUGUUUAAAGAAAACCUUAUUGUAAAUAGAACAUUGAGAAAGUUUCCUUCCAGUGUGCAAGUCUCAGAACUUAGGAGUGGAACACUGGAUUUAAUAUUCGUUACUGAAACUUGAAUCUAACUUCUUGGAAAAUGCAGGUUCAAAAUGAUGUUUUCCCCCCUGUCAAAAUGAAAUAGGUCAACCAAUUAAUCCUCAGUGUCGAAUCUACCCAGAAGAGAUGAUUCAGACUGGCAUUUCUGCUAUAGAUGGCAUGAACAGCAUUGCCAGAGGACAGAAAAUUCCUAUUUUCUCUGCUGCUGGGUUGCCCCAUAAUGAGGUAGGUGUUUUAGCAGGACUUAAUGCUCAGGUUUUUUUUUGUUGUUGUUGUUGUUACUGAAUUUAUAUACUGUACCGCCCUAUACCUGCAGGUCUCAUAUACCCGCAGGUCUCAUAUACCCGCAGGGCGGUUCAUAGAAUAAAGUCAGAAAAUAAAACCACAAAAUACAGAAUCAAAAUGAAAACAACAACCCAAUGACACCCCCCCCCCAAAAAAACCACCACACAUUCUAAAAUGGCAUAGUGGUCUACUGCAGCUUUUGGGUUUUUUUUAUACGGCUUAGAGUUUUUUAUAUUAUAGGUGGCACAGAAAUGGACAGGAAGAGGGUGAUCAGGAAGAGUGGGGAUAUUGAAACCAGUCCCUUGUCAUGGCCAGAUCACUUCCUGCUGAUAUUAAGCUUUCAGCACUUUUUCUCCUCUGCAGAGGCGGGGGACCUAUUAAGAUAGUCUGCCCUUGGAGGCUGAUGUAGCCAAAGGAUUUCCAGAUAGCUGAUAUGACUGGCGCUCCUGUCAAAGCCCUGGCUGGCCUCUGGAACACCCAGAUUCACACAGUGCAAAGAGUGCUAAUAGUCUGCAGGGGGUGGGGGGUUCCAGAUAUACCCUGUGCUGCAGAAUAAUCUUAAUGUGUGUGCUCUGUGUAAUAUUUGAAUUGGACUAAUACUUUGGAGGAAACAAAUACCUUCUGGUGCCACUUAAUGAUGUACUCAGAUGCUAUACCACAAUCCUUGCUCCUUCUCCCUGGUUCUCAUGCUUCUAGUAGUUUUUAUUGCCCUUGGGAUGAAACAUUGGCAGAUGUGGCCUACUGUGCAUGCAUGAAUGGGCCAUGCCUCUUAGAUUCUAAGUCUGAGGCUCUUGAGGUCUUAUUGGCUAAAUAAGGGGAUAUAAACGCUUCUGAAAUAUAAAUUACCUUGUUCACUGGGGGAGAUCCCUCUCUGAAACCCUAGAAAGCUGCUACUAGUAAGUGCAGACUGUACUAAGAUAGAUGGACCAAAUGGACUCUAUUCAAUGCAGCUUGCUUAUAUACCUUGGGCAUACCUGAAACAGAAAAAUAUAUUUACGUUAUUUACAGGCUGCCCUAUAAUGCUUGGCAGCUUACAGAAUGAAAAAAAAAUGAAAUGGAAAACAAAUACACCUGUACAACAAAAAUACAGUGAAACAAAACUGAGGUAUUAAAACACCGAAUAAGCUUUUUUUAAAAAAAUGGGUUGGAUUUAGUAAUGUUUUGAUAGUUUUUUUUAACCUCCCAUGAUAUUUGCAUCUCUUAUGAACACAUUUUCCUGCUUGGCAGGCGUCUUCACAUACUACCCUACGUAUUCGAGUACAUCCUGUACACUAACCAUUGUGUUUAGCAGUCUGUCAAAGACGAGUAAGCAUGCUUUUGGUGGUAUCCAAUCAAGUGCUAAGGAACCUGUUCUGUUAGCACAGAGGAUUUGUGCAUGUGCAGUGGUUGCUCUCUGUGCACCCCUAAAUCUAUUUAGGGGGUUCCAGCCCCUCCAGAAAAGAUGGGGGUGCAAGGCGCAUGUGCGGCAAGGGGAGUAAAUCCAUGUGUAAAUCCUUGCGCUAAUGCAACAAGUGCUUUGGAUACUGCCCUGUGUUUUGUUCUUAUAGUUCAUAUAUGAUAAAGCAGACUCUCAAGUCCCCUUCUCUUGUCCCUUGGAAAUCUUCCUAGAAAUUAAAGCCUUGUACAUUGAAAACAUGGGUGACUCUGGAAUAUCCUUUUUCAGAUAGCAGCUCAGAUCUGUCGCCAGGCAGGAUUGGUGAAGAAAUCCAAAGAUGUGAUGGACUACAGUGAAGAUAAUUUUGCCAUUGUAUUUGCUGCUAUGGGAGUAAGUAGCUAAAUGCAUACAAAUAGUAUUCCAGUUCAUUAUCUGUCACCAUCUUUGCCGCCCAAGUUGGAGGUACUUUUAUGUAAACAAUUCUGCAUGAGCUGUUAAUGUGCAAUGGAAUUGGCAUCUAUGAAACAAAGUACACAGUAUCUGAUCAUCUCAAAAACCUCUAAUUUUGGUCCCCAGACCAGCUGCAACAGGAUUCCUUGUUCACAUGUAUAGAAGAACUUAGCCAGGGUACACUUUAAGAGUUGAGACCUUAGUUUCGAUGGGAAAGCUGGCAUCCCAUUGAGAAAUGAUCUCUUAAAGGGAUUGCCAUACUAUUUCCUCUGCAAAGUAGUGCUUUCACUUCUAUGCUUUGGUCAUGGACCAAAUAAUUGUUCUUAGGGAUUUGCAGCAGGUGUUUUAAAUUAUAACAGCCUGAGGACUUGUGCUUCCCCUUUAAAACUUCCAGUUUUAAAAGUGAGCUGCAGCUCCUCCAGUUCUCGCUUUCCUUGGCUCUUUUGUCUGCUCCCUCUUUCACCACUAUUGAGGAGGGAAGGUGAGCAAAAGGGCAAGGGAAGGAAAAAAUGGGGUAGGGUGGAGAAGUACAAAGUGUAGCAUUGGCUCCCUUAGUUGGACUCCAGCACCUAUCAGCCCCAGUUAGCAUGGCCAGUCGUCAUAGGAUGGUGAGAGUAGUAGUAGUAGUAGUAGUAGUAGUAGUAGUAAUAAUUAAUAAUAAAUUUUAUUUAUAUUCUGCCCUCCCCAGCCAUAACCGGGCUCAGGGCAGCUAACACCAGGUAUAAAAACAAUUGAUUAAAAUACAACUUAAAAACAAGAUUAAAAUACAACAUUAAAAUGCAGCCUCAUUUCAGUAGAAACUCAAAUCAAAAACUUUUGGGGGAUGAAAACAUCAAAUCUUCACCAAGGCCAACUAUCCAGACUGGUCUUACAUGGGCCAGAAAAAAGCCAGGGAAGUCCCCAAAUGGAAAUUCCAUCACAGAAGGAGAAAGGAAAGAGGGGGGGGGGUGAGUCCAGCAACAUCGAGAGGACUAUCUCUGCUUUUAAAGAACAUCGUAUUUCUCCAGAUGGCCACCCAGCAACUUUGAAAGCAAAAAUAAUCACAACUGUUGGUGUUAAAUUGGCUGUGUUAACUUUGUUUUAUCAAUCAAAGCAUGAAGGAGGAGCCACUCUCCACUGCUUGACAAUACAUUGGCUUUAUAUCGCUUUGACAGAUUGAAGAGGCAAAUAUGAGAAUAUACAGCAUGUGCAUCCUUAGUUAAGGAUAAGCAACAGUCAGAACUGGGGAAACCCAUCCAUUUUUAUGCUGUCAACAUUUUAGAAACUUUCAUAAAUUGGGUCUAAAUAAUACUUGGCUUUGCAACUGACCUAGUGUUGAUGCUUUGCUGUAGGUGAACAUGGAAACAGCUCGAUUCUUCAAAUCUGACUUUGAAGAAAAUGGCUCCAUGGACAAUGUGUGUCUGUUCCUGAACUUGGCCAAUGAUCCAACGUAAGUGAAAAAAAAAAGUGACUUUAUAUACAGCUGGAGGAAAUGUAGGGAAUUGAGAAAUGGAGAAACUUGUCUGCUUCUUCCAAAGACUAUAUUGAAAGGCUAUUGUGCAAAGUUGGAUAGAAGUUUGGCAAAAUGGUAAACAUCUAGGAAAACAAAUUUCUCUGUCACAAUGAGCUUCGCUUCUCAAAAAACAUCCAAGUCUCUCAUAGACAUCUAGGACAGAAUGGAAGAUGGCUGUAACAUGGCACUCAAAACACCUAAUCCAUUUAUAUUUUCCUUUUAAAAACUUUUAUUUAUGCAAUUUUAACAGCUUUUAUACAGUAUCCACCGCUUAUCUCUUUUCCUAAGACUUCCCAGUCCAUCUCUCUAUGGCAUUCUAGAGGGAUCUUGAUCUGCUGCAUAUCCUGAUAAUUUCACCCAUUAUCAUUUCAAGUCUUCCUCUUUUGAUGUUACCUGCUGCUCAAACGUUAACUCCUACUUGUAGGUUAAAUUGUAUAUUAUACGUUCUAAGAAAAUUUCCAAAACGCCUCCACUCUUAUUCCUUUAGUUUCAUGGUCAUGGCUACUAAUUCUGUGUAUUCUAUCAAUUUGUUCUGCCAAAUUUCCUUUGUGGGUAUCUCUUCUUCUUUCCUUUUUUUUCGUAUAUACUAUUCUAGCUUUAGCGGUUGCAUACAGAAAAAUAUUGAGUGCCUUUUUUGGAAUGUUGUCACCUGUUCCAUCUAUAUUUUCAAUUGAAAUUGAGUCCUGGAAAGAGACCUGUAACAGGGAGCUGACAGUCGACAACCAAAUCUGCUACUCCUACAUAUUAAAAAAAAUGUGGAAAACAGGUUGCAUUCUUCUUUGCUACCUUUUCCUGCCCACCUGGUUUGCGUAUCCUGAGAAUGGGGAAAGAUUCGGGUUUGCUUCACAUUUCGGAGCAAAUCUGGCUAUUUCACCGCCACAGUCCCGUGUGUGGAUCAGAACAUAGAUUUGUGGAUUAAGCCACAUAAUCAAUGAAUCUUUCUCUAUAGGGGUGUGUACUGUACUUGCAAAGUGGUCUGAGGGCUGUUUUUUAUUUCACUAACAUGCUACUUGGGACAGCUAACGUUUCCUUCAUGGCCACACAGUAAAAAAACAAAACAAAAAACUCACUAUUUUGAAAUACUCCCACAAAGCAGCUGUACAUCAUAAUGAGUCAUCCUUCAAGAAGAAGAUGGCUGCCUCCAUAAAUGCCUAUGGAAAAGAUGCAAAGUUGAUUCCUGGAAGCAUUUCGAAACUGCUUUUUUUAACCUUAUGGCCAGCAGGAGGCAUCAGCUGCUUUAGGAAACUUUAAAAAGUUAAAGCAAGAAAAAGUCAGCCCUUGGACCACCUCGUAAGUACUUUAUUUAAACAGAUGGAUUUUAAGACAAGAAAAAACCCCAUAAAUAGAAUGAUGAGAUGGAGCAGGCUUUGUAAAGGUAUGAAACGAGUAUUGGGGGGGGGGGGGGAAUAGGCCAGGGUUGGAUCGAUCAACGUAUCUCAAUUCAGCAUAACAUUUGACUUGAGUGUACACAUUAAAAUGCAACACAUGUAGGCUAAGAUUGCCUUGUUGAUUUUCUGGAUUGUUUUCAUUCUGACCUGCUAAUUUUAUGUGUGUGUGCCUUAUACACACAAGGACACCCAGUGGUGUCUGACAUUAGGAAGUAAGAGGGAUGGGGUGGGACUUUAUUUGCUUCCUGUCAAAUGGAGAGCCAUCACUCAAGAGUAUUGCCCAAUCAGGCCUUCAGUCACAGCCAGCUGCUUCCAGCUACCCAGCUAUGAAAGCACAUCUGAUCAGAUUUGGAAAGCUCUGAUUCAUUGUUUGUAGCUUGUACUUUCAGUAUCAAUCUCUUGACACUUGGGGAAAAUGAACCUCAGGCACAGGAGCCAAAUGCAUUCCUCCAAGCCUGUCUGUCUGGUACGUCAGUCUCUUUCCAACCAUGAACCCCCUUAAAUGUUUUUGCUAGACUGGAAUAUGCCCUUUAACGUGGACAAUUGCUUCUUGCUUCAUAGAGGAUGGCGAGGGGUAUAAUAAUGUGUGUGGUAACUAGCUCUACUGUACAAAGGCAAAAAUUAUAUUUGUUGCCCCAUCCACUUAUACCUCUGGUCCCACCCAACUCUGGCAAGUGGCCCCCAGAAGGUUGCUGCAAAGGGAAUGCAGCCCUAGGGUUGAGAAAGGGUCCCCAACACUGUACUACAGGUGGUAGAAAAUGUUGCUAACUCUUUAACCACUAAACAACUCCUUAUGCAUAUUGACUGUUGCACUCGACCUUUCUCCUUCUGAACUGCUUUUUCUCAGAAGUAGGCAUUAGGCUUGUGCCAAGUAUCACUUCCCAUUCUGCAUCCACAUUAAUUGGACUCCCAUUGCUCUUUUUCAGCAUUGAGCGCAUAAUCACGCCUCGUCUUGCUCUAACCACAGCGGAGUUCUUGGCUUAUCAGUGUGAAAAGCAUGUAUUGGUUAUUCUGACGGAUAUGAGCUCCUAUGCAGAGGCGCUGAGAGAGGUACUUUAUUUACUGUAUUCAGCAGACCAGUCCUUGCCUUGCAUGCAAGUACUUUGUCAAAAGGCUGAAAUUCAUUAAUUAGGGAAGCUUGAAUCGCACCUUUGAUGCCAUGGAAGCUCAUUAAUUGCUCCAGAAUAAGUUAACCAAACCUGGAGAAGGAGGAUACUGAGUUACUGGGCUUCUGAUUACUUGUGAGGUGCUUGCAGAACCUGCUGUUUAUGAUUCUUAUUGAAUAAUGAUUACUUUUGAAUGUUCCAAUAUGCAUGUGUUUUGUGUCCUUUACUAGGACAUUAAUGCAGAGAUGCUUUGAAAUUCAAAAUAGCCUUUGAUAACCUUAUCAAAUACUACCCCAAACUCAUCUUCAUUGUUCCCGACAGUCUAUAAUAUUGAGGGGGAUUAGGCAGGAGUUGACACUGGCCCAUGUACUUGCACACCUGGGUUUCUGAGUUUAAAAUGGAAUAAAUUAUCUUUCAUCAAGGGGCACUUCCUCAUGUUUUCUGUGCAUUACUUCUUAUGAGACAUUUUUCACUCUGCGAUGCCUCAAUUGAACACACCCUUUAGACUCAUCACUGCAGACUGCGCUUGUUGCUGCUGCAAGCUAUUAUACAGUGCUUUGCAUUGUACCCAAUGUACAUUAUGCUUCACCCCAUAACCCAAGGGUGCAGAACCUGUGACCAUUUGUUGUUGGACUACAACUCUUUUCAGCCCCAGCCAGCAUGGUCCAUGGUCAGGGAUGAUAUGGAGGGCAACACCCCGGUCAUAAAAAAGUGGAUCUCUGCCUCUAGGCCCUAAUAGACUCAAGUUUGACAGAGAGGAUGGAGAGAUAAGGGUUAAGCUGUCAGUGGUCCUCAGAUCAGCAGAGCAGAAGCCCAUUUCAAAAAGAAGGAGUUGUGAUGCUGCCAGAUCAUGAGCUUCCUCCCCCCCUCCAUUUGAUUUUGCAGCUUUUCCUGGUAAGCCCACACUUUGCUAACUUUUUGCUUUUGUUCUAAUUCCUCAAAGGUCUCAGCAGCCAGGGAAGAAGUACCAGGCCGGCGUGGCUUUCCUGGUUACAUGUACACUGAUCUGGCCACAAUCUAUGAACGAGCUGGGCGAGUGGAAGGCAGGAAUGGGUCCAUUACUCAAAUUCCUAUUCUCACCAUGCCCAAUGAUGGUGAGUCCUUGUCUUACAUUGCUCCUUCCAUAUUGUUUCCAUCUAGGCAGGGGUCCACAGAUACCAGGAGAAGCUCUGCUUUUCCUUAGCACCCGUUCUAUCGCCACUCACUUGGCAGAUGCAUAAGUCUUCUGUCAUUGCUAGAUGGCUGGAGGAAAACCUGAAGAGUCUUCUGACUUGCAAGAAUUGCGGGAGAAGGAAAGAAACUUCUCCCAACUUUCCUCCAAAUCACAAAGUUCUUAGACUUCCCCUCCAGCAAAUGUGGAGCGAGAAGCAAGCCCUCUGCAAAAAUAUUUGGAGAGAGACAGAAACAUCAGGCAUUUCUUGGCAUCUUCUUGAUUGAUGGAUUUUUUAAAAACAGCAAUGAGAAGGUUGUGAAAGUUCAAUGUAUUAUCCCCAUUGCACCCCUGGUUUGCACUCUGCACCAUGCCAAACUUUGGCUUGAGGGGGCCAUGCAGAUAUGUGGACUCCUGCACAGGAGCUUGCAGCCACAUUGCUCCGCCAUGGUCCUUUUUGCUGCCAUGGUGAGCUAAGCUAAGGUCUGACUUGGCAUGUUUUCCUGACCUUGGCUUCGCUCAGUGCGAAAGCAAAAAUGACCAUGGAGGAACAAAGCGACUACAAGCAUCACUACACGAUCCUGCAAAUCUCUGCAGUCCCAUUAAGCUUAGCAUUUUGUGUAAACCAAGCCAGUGACACAUAUUGAGACCAGGUUUGCAUAUCCCCAUAAGGCAGGCAUAGCCAAACUUGGCCCUCCAGCUGUUUUGGGACUACAAUUCCCAUCAUCCCUGACCACUGGUCCUGUAAGCUAGGGAUGAUGGGAGUUGUAGUCCCAAAACAGCUGGAGGGCCAAGUUUGGCCAUGCCUGCCAUAGGGCAAGAAGAGAGAGUUUUUCUUCCUCCAGUAGCUAAUGGUUUCUUUUCCCUCAGCUUUCAUUAUCCAGAUUAGAGUCUUGAGUAUUUUCCUCCUCUGCUUCCUUCUGUUUGUACUUCUACAGACAAAAUCCAUACUUGCUACAUUUUCCCCAAAUACCACAAAAAUCCUAUUCUCAAAGACUUUAGAUGAUUCUGUUACCCAUGCUGCUGAGAUAAAAUCAGUCUUCCUGCUUGGUUAAGUCUUGAUCAUUACAGCAUCAUGAUACAUCACCUGCAGCGGCCAAAAGAAAUCUGAAAGCACAAGAUGCUUAGAAAAGCUGGUGUGAAUUUUAAUCCUUUUUAGUAUUUUAACUUCUUGUAUUUUUUAGUUUACGGUAUCUUUUCCUGAUUUUAUAGUCUAAAACACUUUGAGGAUUUUUUUUUUUUUUUUACGAUCAUAUAAUUUACAUACCAUACGAUUGUGGUAUGUAAAUUAUAUGAAAUAAGCAAAUAAAUAAAUUUAACUUGUUUUUCAGAUAUUACCCACCCCAUCCCUGACUUGACGGGAUACAUUACUGAAGGCCAGAUCUACGUAGACAGGCAGCUGCACAACAGACAGGUCAGUAUGCUACCUUCAGGAUGUCUUCGGGAUGAAGCGUCAUGCCCUCCUACUCCUCUGUACUUCUUGAGACAAGCAGUUUUAACAGCAAUUGUCAUACAAUGCUAUCUGCCUCUUAUUAUCAGAGUGCCUCUGAGACUUGAUUACAAGAGCUAAAAUUGUGGUUGUCUUAAAGGCACAGGCAUUACGGUAAGGUGUUUCAGCUAGGUUGUUUAGUAAUUAAUAUUGUGGUGUUAGCACUGCCAGUCAUGUCUUUUUGGUGCCCAACAUCAUUGAAAGAUUUCCAAUGUUUAUUUUAUUUUAAGUAUUUAUAAACAGCUUAAUAAAAAUUGUCUAAGCAAUGAACCUGGUAAGUAAGGUAACACAGUCAUAAAACAAUUGGCCAGCUGACAUUUAAAGGCUAAAUUUCUUCUGAAGGAAGUGUCACUUCAAACCUGUAUUCCUUGAUGAAGCCGGGGAGGAAGGAUUUCUUUUUAAUAAUACAGUGGAACAUUGGUUUUCGAGCAUCUUGGAAGCCGAACAUUUCGGAAGUCGAACGGCUUCUGAGGCGUGUUUUUCCAUUUUCCCCAUUGAAAUUGCUGACAGUCCUUUGCGCCUCAGUUGUUGGACGUUUCGGAAGUUGAAACGGUCUUCCAGAACGGAUUACGUUCGACAACCGAGGUUCCACUGUAUUACAAGCCAGGUAAGUGCAAGGGAGGUAUCAAGCAGGGAAAUGUCUGCUUUCUGUUGCUAUGCUAUUAUUUUUGAAUCAAAGCAUUUAACAUCAUGUCACAACAACCCGUCCCAAGCUCCUGCAGCUCUUAAUUUUCACGUCUCUCCUUCCAGAUUUACCCACCUAUCAACGUACUUCCCUCUUUGUCUCGAUUGAUGAAAUCUGCUAUUGGAGAGGGGAUGACCAGGAAGGAUCACGCUGAGGUUUCAAACCAACUGGUAGGUGUGACUGUUACCCUUUUAAGUACAGUGGACGCUCGGGUUGCGAAUGUGAUCCGUGCAGGAAGCAUGUUCGCAACCCGCAGCGUUCACAACCCGCAGCGCUGCAUGUGCGCAUGCGUGGCUUGCGAUUCGGUGCUUCUGCGCAUGUGCAAAGCCCGAUUUAGCGCUUCUGCGCAUGUGCGACUGCCGAAACCCAGAAGUAACCCGUUCCAGUACUUCUGGGUUUCAGCGCAUCCGUAACCCAAAAAAACGCAACCUGAAGCGUCUGUAACCCAAGGUAUGACUGUACAUGUCUUGGAAGGUGGGGGGUGACAUAGUGGACAAGCUAUUAUGAAACUUCAAGUUGUUUCUUUUAGGAUUUCUAAUUUUAAAGAGGUGGGGGCACGAACGUGGCCCUUCAGAUGUUGCUGGGCUCCAUCUGCCAGCCCAGCUAGCAUGACCAAUGACCAGGCAUGAUAGGAGCUGCAGUCCAAGAUCAGCUGCUGGACCACAAGUUAAAUCUGUUAGUGCUUGGGCAAUCAUAUCCUGGCUACCUGUCCCUGACCACACUCUCCUUUCCCCCUAGUAUGCGUGCUAUGCCAUUGGGAAGGAUGUCCAAGCCAUGAAGGCUGUUGUAGGGGAGGAAGCGCUUACUUCCGAUGAUCUUCUCUAUCUUGAAUUCCUGCAGAAAUUUGAGAGGAACUUCAUUGCUCAGGGUAGGUAUACCAUUCAUCAGAUGCUCAGUGUUGCAUAACGGUUUCUUCACCUCUCAGAAGCAUGUUCCAAUCCCUUCUUAGAGGGCAACUAGAAUUUCCUUGUGCCAUCAGUGGGGGAGAAAAGGAAAGAAAGAACCUGCGAGGUUUCCAGAGUCGAAAGCCCCAGAGUUUAGGUGCAACCUGUUGGUUUUCUGGCAUUCUUAUUAAGCUCUUUGAGCGGAGAACCCUCAGCCUUUCUCCCUUCCUCUGAUGCUUCCGUCUGAGCUGUUUAUAUGAUAGCUAUAGGAAUGUGGAAGCAGGCCUUCUCCAGGUUUCCUUGCUCCAUUAUAGCUACAUCCCUCUUUUGUUUAGUUCCAGUGUGCGCUGGAGAACCCAGCCACACCUUUGCCCUGUGCAUCGCCCUCAGAGGGAAAAGCUACCUUACUGUCAUAAAAACUGGACUUAACCUCCUGGGGUCCUUUGCCUACAUGAGAAUUUAAGAAGAGUCCUGUUGGAUCAGGCCAAAGGCCCAUCUAGUCCAACAUCCUGUUCUCAUUGUGGCCAAACAGAUGUCUGUAGGAAACCUCCAAGCAGGACUCGAGCAGAACAGCAUUCUCCCCACUUGCAAUCCCCAGCAUAUUAAAAGGCAUACUGCUUCUUGACAGUGGAAGUAGAUUAAUAAUAAUAAUAAUAAUAAUAAUAAUAAUAAUAUUUUUACCCCGCCUAUCUGACAGGGUUGCCCCAGCCACUCUGGGCGGCUUCCAACAUACAUAAAAACACAAUACAACAUUACACAUUAAAAAGCUUCAUGGCCUUAUCCGCCAUGAAUCCUCUUUUAAAGCUAUCCCAGUUGGUGGCCAUCAUUACCUCUCGCGAGUGUGAACUCCGAAGUUUAACUAUGUGCCACCUGGAAAAGUACUUCAUUUUGCCUGUCCUGAAUCUUCCCACAUUCAGUGCCAUUGGAGCGUUCCAAGUUCUAGUACUGUGAGGGAGAGGGUCCAUACCAGUGUCUAACCCUGCCAGUGGUUAUUCUUUCAGGGGCCUACGAAAAUCGCACUGUUUACGAGACGUUGGACAUCGGCUGGCAGCUGCUACGUAUCUUCCCCAAGGAGAUGCUGAAGAGAAUCCCUCAGAGCACCUUGGCAGAGUUUUACCCCCGAGAUUCCACAGCAAAGCACUAGCUGCACCUUCACCUUCCAUGAAACGCUGGGUUUUCUUCCCUUGUGUUGGUGUUUACUUGUCAUCCCUGUAAUUAAACCAAGAAUAAGUGACAUAUUUGUGCCAGUGUUCCUGAUGUGUUUAGCUGAUAACAGAGUUUAAAAUGCACCCCUUCUCUCAAGCACUAGGAUCUUGAAUUGUUUACAUUUAUAGAGGGGAAAAUGUUCUUUCGCAACUCUUAUUUGGUUUACUGGAAUAAUUUUUUUUAAUUUAGGCAGUCUUGGAGGAAGAAAAUCCUCGAGGCUGGAGUUUUCUACCCAUUGCACUGUGAGAAAAGUAAUAAAGUCACAUGGGAGGUGUAGUUGAAUAAAAGUUAAAGAAGUCCUCUUCUCCUUAGCCCAGACUGCCUUUGCCCAGUCAAAAGUUCCACCACCCUUUGUCCUGUUGUGUAGAAGAGGCACAGGGGGCAUGAGAGAGGCACACACAAGAGAGCAGAGUGGUGGCUGGUGGCAGGUCAAACCCACAAAUCACCUCUAGCUUCAAUUAUGGCUGAGAAAAUUACGCAGCAAUGACAUUGCAAUGUUUGCACACCCUGGUGCUUGCCCAGUAACAGGUACAAGAUUCCUACCUCUUCCAAGAACUUGGCACGAGGUCCACUUGCUUGUUCCGCCAGUCUAACCUGCCUGUUUCACUGUCUCCACCGCCACUUUGUGUAGAGGUGGACAUAAUACGAAACUGAAUAGGGAUCCUGCCUCUACCUACCCAACCCUGAACUGCAGAAUCAUUGUGACUGGAGAACCCAGCUGGUAAAGUGGCUGAGCCCAUAGCAAAUGGAAAUUUAUCCUGAGCAGUGUCAGCCUUCAUAAUGCCAUUGAGAAGAUAUCCCAGCACUUUCAGACUGUGCAUCACAGAAUAUAACCUCAUCCCUUGAAAGCGAUGGACCCUCCGAUUUAACUUGUCUCAUCAAACAUUACCUAAUAAGGUAGGAAAGGGUGAUGGCAAAUCAAAUGUGCGAAGGGAGGAUAUUUUAAAUUCUGUUAUUAAGCAGUCCUUUGGAUGACACUGGGUUCUGAACCGACCUUGGGUUUGUUUUUAAACCGCCUUCCGAUCGUGAAGUUGGCUAGCCAUCGUACACUGGGGGAAAAACAGCUUGAUGGCAGCCAAAUGCUUAUAUGGAAUGGAUUUCGAUGCCCGGAGGCAAACAGGAUCUUUGUGUCUUCUCCUUGAUUUUGCUUUCCAGGCUAUUCUACACCCCAGCUUCAGCGACCCAGAUCGCAAACUGUUGGCAACGUCCUAGAUCACGGCUGGGAGUUGGUCAGAAGGGUUUCUUGCGGCUCAGGCCGCGUAGACUGUGGUGGUUCCAGCGUCUUCCCCACCCACCAUGCAGCCCUCCCAACGCGCUUUCCUAUGCAGAUCUUUCUUGUGCUGUUUUUUGGUCUGUGUGCUCUGUAACCUGGGUGCAGUAGCCUUUUCUUUACUCUAGCGCAUUCCAUCAAAGUUGUGUCAAUUCUAUUUUUCUCUGGACAGAGGAGGGGAAAUUGUGGGGAUGGGGAGAUAGCAUGAAAUAUUUUAAUGUAGGAAACUGUGAUAUCUGAAUAAGUUAAACAUGAACAAUAAAUGUAAACAAAAUGAGACUCUGUUCUCUGCUUAAGAAGUGGUUGAUUCUUGAUUUCUCUGGGGGUCCAUCACAAGCUCCUCUUAGCAGAUUCCUCAAGGGAGCGUUCUAUGCCCAGAAGCUUGGAAUACACAAUUCUGGAAAAGGAUCUCCUGGGUAGCGCCCCAGGGAUGAUCUUUGGCUCAGUAGGUGUAUCUUGCCAGCCAACUUCAAAGUUGGAUGACUGCCAUUGAUAAUUCACCCUCCCUGACUUUGGAGGUUAUUUCGAUCUACUGCCACCUUGGAUGACUUGUUUCAGCUGCCAAGUUACUUUGAUAAUGCACUUAAAUACCGUAGAGAGAAAGAGGCACAACUCACAUAGCCUACUUGGAGUCUGAAAUGUGCCUUCAGCAGAUGUGUAGGCUAUGGCACUCUGAUCAGUAAAGCUGUAGGACAUUUGUACAUUAAUCAGUAGUAAUUUAGUUUUAUAGAAAUAUUUAUAUCCUGUCCAUCUGACUGGGUUGCCCCAGCUGCUCUGGGUGGCUUCCAACAAAACAUAAAAACACCUUAGGCUUAAAACAUCAAAAAUUGAAAACUUUUCUAUACAGGACUGUCUUUAGAUGACUUCUAAUAGUUGUAUAUCUGUUUGACAUCUGAUGAGAGGGCAUUCCACAGGCAGGCACCACUACC